CAAGACAUUGCACAGAGACACGCGUGCGAGACAGUUUCAAUAAAACCAAAUCGGUCGAUACACAUUUACUCCAGGAAGAAAAUCAAAUAACUAAUCCGGAGUCCACGACAACAAAACAAUUUCCCUUCCGCCCGUUCUCUCCGCACCCCUCCUACCCCUCAACCACGUUCAAGCUCCGAAGACAACAUCCACAGCCAAGAUGUCGAUUCCCAACGAAGCUCUCCAAAAGCUACUCCAGGAGAUCGAGGCCCGCGCGAUCGCCUCGCAGCAGCAGAUCAGUAUCACCAAGGCCCAUAUGACGGCCAAGCAGCGCGAUAUCCGCAUGCUACAGCUUACAUCGAAGGAGUUGUCUGAGUUGCCUUCCGAGACGAGGGUUUACGAGGGCGUCGGAAAAAUGUUCGUCAACGUUCCCGUCAACACAGUCAACAAGCGCCUUACGCGCGAGAGCGGCGAGGCCACCGCUGAGAUCUCCAACCUCGAGAAAAAGCUGCACUAUCACGAGACGACAAACCAGAAAAGUCGGGAGAACAUGGAGCAGAUUCUCAAGUCUGGUGGGAGGUCGUGAACAAAAUGUUGAAAUAAGAAUAUGAGACGAGAGCAAGACGUGAGAACGCGAGGGGAUCCUAUGUGGGGGGUAUCCUUGAUUGUGGUAUCUUUAUACCAAAGGUUCAGCGAUUCCCAGGAAUGUAAAUCUUAAUAGAAAGGAACAGACAAGCCUGAUUUGCUCUGUCUUUUUCUUCCUGGUGAACCUGCGACACAGGUGGAUGGGUUGAAGAUGCCGUUAUCUCGAGGCUGACGUGUGGAUAUGAUACACUAUGCCUGGGGGAGAUGCACGGAAGGUACAAAUAUUUGCCUUUCUAUGUCCGGCUGGCCUGGUCACAUUCUGGCGACUAUACAUACUUGGGUUGCAGGCUGGUGACUUAGAUACCCGGAGUUACUGUUUGAAAAAAUAUCUUUGGAUGAAUCAAGCGAGGAAAUAGUAUCUAUGAUAACCUCUUUGCAUAUA